AUGGCGGAAGAAAUGGAGGAAUCAACGGCGAAUCAGGUGAGCAACUCUCUCCACAAAACAGUCCUUGACAAACCCAUCUAUCAAGGUAUUAUGGCGUUUGCAACAGUAGAGAAAUUCGUAAGCACUUCUGACAAGGAUUAUGUACCACCAAAGUUCCCUUUUGAGCUGCCUUCGUUUAACAGAUCGUCCACUUUUGGAGUAGAAAUGCGAAAACACUUUUUCCUUGAUCUCGACAACUGGACGUUUCUAAAUCAUGGAGCUUUCGGGUGCGUCCUUAAAGAAGCCUUAGAAGCAGCUUUUAAGUGGCAGUGUUAUGUGGAAAGACAACCUGCGCGCUUCGUUGACAGAGAAAUGCUGCCCCAUUUGGCUCACGUUAACCGGAGACUGGCAAACUUUGUUGGCUGUGAUCCGAGUGAUGUUGUCCUUCUUCCUAAUGCCACUUUUGCAAUCAACACUGUGAUUAAAUCAAUAGCUUGGCGUCCUGGAGAUACUGUUUAUUUCUUGAACACUUGUUACUAUACUGUGAAGAAAUUAUUUAGGCACAUCAGUAGUGAACAUGGUAAGUUCUUAAUGCUGUUCGCCUAUUCUUUUGUUUUUCUUUUUUUAAAUAAGCUCAAUUUACUUCAAAUGUAAAAGAACAAAAAAUUCAAGAAACAUGAUAACAACUAACAUUAAACUACUAAUGAAAUGAUUUGAGAUUUGGAUUUGUGCGUUUUAAGCAAGAGAGGUUUCGAAGAAAUAGUGGUCUUCUUCUCUUAACUGCGGUGGUGUAAAUAUAAUACUUUGCUAUCAUUAACAGAGGUUCAAUCCAAGCCUUAGUGCAGAUUUGUUCAUAAAACCAUAGAUAAUUUUUUUUUAUUGAGCACAAUACAGCCAUCGUUUUUGGAAUUCCACCAAUAAUGUGAAUUUAGACCAGAAUCUUUUAACGUGUGAGCAAGAUACAAAUAUUAUGAGUUAGUGUUUGUUUUUGUUCACCAAGAAGGCAUUGAUCCUUAUCUUUAAUCUUGUCGUAAAUAAGGUCAUAUUGGUGGGCGAAAUAAUUUUUGGUUUACAAUUUUAUAUUCUAUUUGUAAAGGUAUACAGACAUUUACAAGUCAAGCACUAGGCUGGCUUUUGUUGUUGAUAGUAAAUUACUGCUUCUGAUGUUCAGGGGUGUGGUUUUAGUUUUGUUUGUAGGUUGGUGUCCACAGUUGCUACAUGUAGGUAACUGCAUACAUGUAUAUAAAGGCUAAGCAAUCAAAGCACAAAAGGAAUUCUGAAAAAUUUGUUAACGUUGCUGCGUUAAGGGUGCUACCCUUGUUUCCCAAGGAAUCACUUCUAAGGCUAAGCAAUCAAAGCACAAAAGGAAUUCUGAAAAAUUUGUUAACGUUGCUGCAUUAAGGGUGCUACCCUUGUUUCCCAAGGAAUCACUUUUUAUGAACUGUCCAAUGUAGAUAGCAAAAAAUAUGCAAUGUUUUUGAUGAUUGCUUUUAUUGUUUGUGUGGAAUACAUGUAAACAUAAUCUUGUGAGGACAUAGAAUCCAGAGUGCUGAUCACUUCUGGCAAAUUUUGCUCAAAUGCCACUUAAUGUUAGCACUUAAGAUGGCAAAAUGGUCUUCCUGUUACAAAACACAAAAAAAGUCUGGCUGAUAGUUGCACAAAGCACCUGUCAUUCCACUUAAUAACAAAGAUGGCUAAAACUACAUGAUCAUUUUUUGUGGCUCAUUACAUGUAAGUACCCAUCUACGUGGGUUGAAUUUUACAGUUUAUUUCCACCUAUGUGGAGAAAAACCUUGCUUCCAAUGACUAGAUAGGACCAACUGGCUGGUAGGAGAGGCUUGGAUUAACCAAACUGAAAUACCAUAAUGUAUAAUGGCACAUUACCUCAAAAAAAUGUCUUCAGACUUGAUGAACUUAUCAGGCAUUUAUGAUAUUUACCAAAUUUUAUGCUAAUUGGAGUUUAUUUUCAGGGGUUGUUCUGAAGGAAAUCACAAUCACUUUCCCUGCCACCAGGGAGGAAAUUAUUCAAAGAAUAAAUGAAACCUUGGAAGAAGGUACAAGACUGGCCUUGUUUGGUCAUAUUCCUAGUAACUAUCCAAUCGUGAUGCCAGUGGAAGAGAUUGUUCAACUUUGCCACAAGAAAGGUGUUCCUGUUUUGAUUGAUGGUGCGCAUGCAUUAGGAACCUUACCAUUAAAUUUAACAGUUCUCAAAGCUGACUAUUAUGUGGGAAAUGCUCAUAAAUGGUUAGCCUGUCCUAAGGUAUGUUUUUCCUUUCUUGUAUAAAAAUUAUAUAUUGACCUUGUACUUAUUCAAAUAAAAUACCCCAAAUACAAAGUUUACAGUAUUCAGGUAAGCUGGAAGAACUGAAAAGAGUAGAAAAAUUGCAUCUCCUCCAAUGACAAUAUUUUCUGAAGCUUUCCAAAUGGGGGCACAAAAAAUUUGAUAUUUCCAUGUAAAUGGUACUUAACCAUUGAAGUUUUGGUGAGAUUAACUGUGAUAACGCAUGAUGACUGUUUGUCUUUGCAGGGGUGUGGCUUUCUGUGUGUAUCUAAAGACAAUCAACAUAUGAUCAAGCCUCUUGUUGUUUCAAGUGGUUUUACAGCAGGAUUUAAUUCACAGUUCAUAUGGACAGGUAAGACAAAUGCAGCUUGUGAAUUCCCAAUUAUGAACAACAGACUUCUUUUAAGCAUGUACAUUGUAUUUUUUGAUUUCCUGUUAUAGGUUACGAAUACAUAAUUAUAAUCAUCAUCAUCAUCAUCAUCAUCAUCGUCAUCAUCAUCAUUAUCAUCGUCAUCAUCUUUAUUUUUAUAGCACUAUUUCCAAAAGCUCAAUAGCGCUUUACAGAAUCAUAAGAAAGAAAAAAAAUGAAUUAAAAACUGACAUCGAAUGACAAUAAAAAGAAUACCUGACGAAUUACAUUUAAGUUACGAUAAAAAUCCUGCUUAAAAAUUCUAAGCUGCACUAAAAACUAAAUCCCUAAAAAUUAAAACAAUAACAUCUAGAAGAUGUAUGAUUAGAUAUUCUAUAUGUAAGUAUUUACCAAAUCAGUGGAUAACAAUUUUCGUGCAUUCUAAUUGGCUCCCGUAACUCAGAAUAUCCUUGGAUAUUCACUGUUUUGGGACGGGAAUCAAAAUGGCUUCUCAUUUUAUGAUGCUUUUGAAAGAUGAAAUUUCAGCGGUAAAAUUUGAAGCAGUUGCACCAACAAAUACCAAGAAAGAGACAAAAUUUGGCUUGUCAGUGAUUACUGGUCUGUAGAAAAAAAAUUUCUUACUGAAUUUGCAACCAAAUUAUAUAGAAUGAUCCCCAAACACUGUUAAUUGAAAUGUAAACAAACUCUAACUAAGUGAUAUCUUUUAUUUACAAAAACUUCCCUUUUGAUUUUUAUCCAACUGAUUUGGUAAAUACUAAAACAAAUAUCCCCAUCAGGGUCGGUUCAUAGUGCUCCCCCAUUCCCUUCUUUUGCCCUCGCAUCUACCCUAAGGGUUACUAUUUCUACUCUCCCCAAUCUUCCUCUGUCAUAAAAUCAAAGACGGUGGCUACAACAAUACGAACAUGAACAAGGUUUCGCCCACCCAAAAUAGAGUACUAAAGUGUGACGUCAUAAAAAUGAAAUUUCUGAAAUUAUGGGAUUUGUCAGGAUAUUCUGAAAGAGCAAUGUCCAAGAGGCCUACUUGCCAAAAAUGAACAUUUCGGGGCAAAUUGUCUCUGAGAUCGUAGCCCGGUUAUACUCAGAAAACUCCAUACAAACCCUUGUAAUUGUUUUUUGGGUCGACCCCAAAAAAAUUUAGAAGGGUUUGUAUGGAGUUUUCUAAGCAUAACUAGGCUACGAUCUCAGAGACAAUUUGCCCCGAAAUGCUCAUUUUUGGCAAGUAGGCCUCUUGGACAUUGCUCUUUCAGAAUAUCCUGACAAAUCCCAUAAUUUCAGAAAUUUCAUUUUUAUGACGUCAUCACUUUAGUACUCUAUACGACUGCCCUGCUGGCUACUCGACACUUCACGUCUCGGGAUAUAUAUCCACCACUAUUCACCUCCCCUUGGGGGGAUAGUUGUAGCUUACAUUGUCUAGAAAACCUAACGUAUCCUUACAUAUGUAUGAAUGUGGUACAGUAUUAUGUAAAGGGGCUGUGACAUGGCUGUCUGGAGUUAAUAUUGUUUAUGGUGGGUGUUGAGCAGCACCAGUUAAACGACCUUAUUCACCAUGAAACUUGAGGAAUUAUCUGAGAAUGACAAAAUUACGGCUUUUUGUCCAAAAAAUUUGUCUUCCAAGCAUUACUGUAUAUCAAUCAUUACAAAUAAGAAAAAUGAAUAUUGAAAAACUGGUAGGCUAGCAAGUUUUUAAAAAAAACUGUAAUUGCAAUCCGUUUCAAUCUUCCUCAAGUUUGUCCAUCCUUGCUUCCUUUUGUAGUGCUGUGUCAUUUGUACCCUCUUCCAACUUUCUGAGCAAUUAUUGUAAUGUUUCACUCGAUUUGGUGGCAGCUACAUGUGUAUUGAUUUUUGUUGAAUAUUUUGUGACACAGCUUCUUUUAUGGAAAGGGCUUUUUUUUGCAAAAUUCCCUGACUUUUCCUUGACCUUGAUAAAAAAUUUGUUUUUCCCUGAGAUAUAUAUAUUUUUUGGCUUACAGUGGUGACCCUGCAGCUUAAUAAUUAUCUUCCUAUUAAAUAUUAUAAUUUUUUUUUCUAAUGCUAACUAGGUCUGAGGGAUUAUAGUCCUUACUUGGCUUUGAAUACAGGUGAGAUUUUUCAUUUUAUAUUAUUUACCAGAAGUUUACUGUGGAGGCCUACAUCUAGUAAAUGUGGUGAACAGGCCACUUGCUAACUCUGUUAUUUGAAAUUAUGGCCAUUUCUCUACAAUGCAGAUUUACAUACCUUAUUUCAUGCAAGCUGCUGCCUAACCUAAAAACCAUGAUGAUAAAUAUUAUGCAUAUUCUUUGUUGCCUAAAUCCAUAAUUAUACAUAAUAAUAUGCACAUUCUCUGUAGCCUUAAAACCAUGUGAUUUAUUCUGCACAAUUGCCUGUAGCCUUAAAAUCAUAUAAUAUACAACGUAUUAUGCACAUUCUUUGUUACCUCAAACCAGGUAAUAAUAAAUAUUAUGUUAUACACAUUCCAUGUUGCCUGAAAACAGUGUAAUAUAACAACAAUCCCCUGUUGCCUGAAAACCAUGUAAUAUAAUCAAACACAUCCCCUGCUGCCUUUAAAUCAUGCAAUGUUUAUGCACAUUCUCUGUUGCUUCCAAACCAUGUUAUAUUAUUAUUAUACACACUCUGUGUUGCCUUUAAACCAUGUGUAUAUCAUGUACAGAUUUUAAUCUUGAUCACUACAAGUUGAACGGGGACGAGCAUUUAUGACUUAACACCAAGGAUCAGCUGCAUAAAUGCUGGAUGUAAAUGCUAACAUAUGUAAUUGUCGUGAAAGCUAAAAAGUUUGACCGGGCUGAACGUCAGUUAUGAGCUCUUGUCAGCUGAAUGAAUUUUAUGCCUUGUAUUGAAUUAAUACAUCACUGUAAAUUCUGUAAGGAUUUCACAACAAACUAAUAGGAAUUUAUAUCAGUUUGUUUUGUUAACCAUUCAUUGAUUCUGUAUAAAUUGUUCCAAAUAUUACCACUUUCUUCAGUUUCCUCUUGUUUAUUUUGUGCUUGUAAGUAUUUUCCGUUCGCGUGCUGGGUGAUCAUUUCAUGGUCAAGUUGGGGGAUCCCUUCGGUGCUGGGCAUCAUUUCGGAGUCGAUUUUUGGGAACCUUUCCGGAUUGCAGAUCAUUUUUGGUUCAAUUUGGGGAUCAUUUUGAGGGUGAGGAUCAUUUUGGUGAUCAGCAUCACUUCGUGCCGGUGUACAGUGUACCUCUUAAUCUUCAUACGUAGACCUGUUUUCACACUUUAAACCUCUGAGGUCAACAAUUCAUUUAAAAAUUUUGUUGGAUCUUCAGAAAUAAAAACGUAUCUUACUUUCGGAAAAAAAAUCCCUUAGCAGCUUAAUUUCAGCUGCUAAAUGUAUGCAAUUGGAAAAUAGUUCCUGCGAUUUCUAAGCUGGUGUCUUAAAUCUUACUCCCUUAGUGUUGGAUUUUUGGGAGGCCAUGGGACCUGAUCAAAUACGCCAAUAUAACAAUACCCUGGCCAACAAAGCUGCGUUGAUGCUAGCCGACAAAUGGGGUACUGGCUUAUUAUCGCACGCAGACAUGUUUGGACCAAUGGUGUUAAUUAGGCUCCCUGAGGUCCUUCUGGACUGUGUUACUCGAGGAUACCAAGAUGAGCCACUCAAGGCCCAUGCAGAGAUGGUGCAGGCGAAGCUGCAUUAUGAAUUCAGCAUUGAGGUCCCAGUCAAGUUAAUUCAGGGGAAACUGCACACUAGAAUCUCGGCUCACGUGUACAAUGAGCUGAGUGAUUACGACAAGUUGUGUGAGGCUAUUCUGAUCAUGACCAACGAUGUGUGUAAUAAUCCAGCUGCUUAUGACACGUAUAAGAAUUACAGGUAGUUUUUAACCAGCUGUUUAUGAUGAGACUGAAUUAACAAAUUGUGAAAGUUUAUGCUGCGCAAAAAUGUUCAUUAUUUUGUAUUGAGUAGGAAAUGAGAUUUGAAAGUUGAGGUAUUCAAAGUUUUUAUAUAUAAAGGAAUCUAAACAACUCCAUAAUUACCCUAAUCACCGGGCUCAAUCGUGUGUUCCUUUUCUCCCUAAUUAUUUAUAGUAAUUUAUGCAAAUAAUGCUCAAGAACAAACAGUGUAUAUCUCUAUGAAACAAACCACUAUGAAUGACAUCUUGCAUUAUAAUUAUCCUUACGUUUUGUAUUUUAAGGCGUGUUCUAUCGCGCAUAUAAUUUCAAAAUUAUUAACGAAUCUUUUGAAGGAAUCGGUGUGAAUACACUGUGGGGCCGUUCAUUGCAGAAUACAGCACAUGAACAUCAUUUAAUUGGUAUUAACUAUUUAAUUCUUAUGAAGGGCUUGCAUUUACAUAUGUUGUGUAAUAAUUCUUGGAUCAAAUUAAGUUAUUUAACUACUUUAUAUUGAACCGAAUAAGUCAAAUUCAACAUGACAGUGUUAAGAAUCCCAGCUGGCCGGAAGUAAACCGGUUGGUUAUUUACAAGGGUGGCCGAGGCGUUGAAUUCUGACUUCCCGGAAACAUAUCCAGCCACCGUGCAGAAUGCAAGUUGUGCGCCCAAACUGCUCGGCCUGCUCGAAAAAAUAUUCACUCGAUUUCUAAAAUGGAAAACAAUGAGCUGGUAGAAACAAAUUUCAAUAAAUUUCUCUCAAUAUUGUAAUGCUAUGAAAACAAGUUUUAAGUUGUUAAAAGUCUUGUUUGCUUAAAGCCCAGCCACUUCAGUCUUUCUGUCAUUCUUGUCAUCAUCGCUUUCGUUGUUUCCUAAACUUCUGGGUUCAAGCAACUCUAUCUCAGACAAGGCGUUUUUAGCGUCCAAAUCAUCUGCUUCCACAUUGAGAUCCAUUUUCUUUGCCAUCAACACCAACAGUCUGUUCUGGUUUUCCAUCGUCCUCAUCAAAGCCUUAACUCGCUUCUUCGUUUUACAAACUUGCUGCUGAAUUUCCUUGAUAUUAGAUUCCGUCAUUUCUUCAUACGCCGUCAGGGAAGGUGACUUCUCAAAAAAGCUAGCUUGCCCGGCUAACCAUUCAUGUAAUCUCCUGAAGUGAAAAGAAAAAAAUUGCUGCUUAACCCUAAAACAAAUCAGUUGAAAUCUCUUUUCUGUAGACGGUAGACUUGGUAUUUGGUGACUAUUAUUUUACGACGUUGAGCUUGACAUUCUAAUGGUUAAGACGCAUUACUAUUCAUUCCAAAUAUUUCGCCGUUUCUGAUUAACUCAAAUCCCCCGGCUAAUUCUUCAUAACUAGCUAGCGUUGACCAAAGGUGGAAGAUGCAAGCAAUAUACCUUUGCUUCGAUGGUACAUUGCCUAAGCGGCCUCGUUUCCAGGCAAAUAACCCAUGGUGCAGCCUAGUUUCCAGGCGCGGCAGCCUACUGAACUAAAAAAAGUAGCGUUCCUUGCUAUUCGAAGACGAAAUAGCAGAAUUUCUGACUAAAACUUUACGGAAGAAAUUCAAACAUACGCAAAGGAUGUUAUCUCCUUUUUGGGACUAUCUACAAGAAAAUAACACUCGAUAAGCAUUUCAGUUAGAUCCCGAAGUCUUAAAUGCCCGCCCCCUCAUUUUGACGCACGCUAAAGUUACCUCAAUUUGUUCUUGUGUGCGUUUGGUUUUAACUGCAGAGAAGGGUUAUAAAUCCUGCGAGUGACGAUCUUUGGGUACUUGUCUUCAACUUCCACCACAAAUGAAACUUGCAUUGCCAUGCGCUGAAGGGUGGCGUUCCUCUGAACAGACUCAAUAUCCCCCACUGCCAGGCCAACCUGUUGAUGAAAUAAAGUUCGAUUGAGAAAUUACGGCUUUUUGUCCAAAAAAUUUGUCUUCCAAGCAUUACUGUAUAUCAAUCAUUACAAAUAAGAAAAAUGAAUAUUGAAAAACUGGUAGGCUAGCAAGUUUUUAAAAAAAACUGUAAUUGCAAUCCGUUUCAAUCUUCCUCAAGUUUGUCCAUCCUUGCUUCCUUUUGUAGUGCUGUGUCAUUUGUACCCUCUUCCAACUUUCUGAGCAAUUAUUGUAAUGUUUCACUCGAUUUGGUGGCAGCUACAUGUGUAUUGAUUUUUGUUGAAUAUUUUGUGACACAGCUUCUUUUAUGGAAAGGGCUUUUUUUUGCAAAAUUCCCUGACUUUUCCUUGACCUUGAUAAAAAAUUUGUUUUUCCCUGAGAUAUAUAUAUUUUUUGGCUUACAGUGGUGACCCUGCAGCUUAAUAAUUAUCUUCCUAUUAAAUAUUAUAAUUUUUUUUUCUAAUGCUAACUAGGUCUGAGGGAUUAUAGUCCUUACUUGGCUUUGAAUACAGGUGAGAUUUUUCAUUUUAUAUUAUUUACCAGAAGUUUACUGUGGAGGCCUACAUCUAGUAAAUGUGGUGAACAGGCCACUUGCUAACUCUGUUAUUUGAAAUUAUGGCCAUUUCUCUACAAUGCAGAUUUACAUACCUUAUUUCAUGCAAGCUGCUGCCUAACCUAAAAACCAUGAUGAUAAAUAUUAUGCAUAUUCUUUGUUGCCUAAAUCCAUAAUUAUACAUAAUAAUAUGCACAUUCUCUGUAGCCUUAAAACCAUGUGAUUUAUUCUGCACAAUUGCCUGUAGCCUUAAAAUCAUAUAAUAUACAACGUAUUAUGCACAUUCUUUGUUACCUCAAACCAGGUAAUAAUAAAUAUUAUGUUAUACACAUUCCAUGUUGCCUGAAAACAGUGUAAUAUAACAACAAUCCCCUGUUGCCUGAAAACCAUGUAAUAUAAUCAAACACAUCCCCUGCUGCCUUUAAAUCAUGCAAUGUUUAUGCACAUUCUCUGUUGCUUCCAAACCAUGUUAUAUUAUUAUUAUACACACUCUGUGUUGCCUUUAAACCAUGUGUAUAUCAUGUACAGAUUUUAAUCUUGAUCACUACAAGUUGAACGGGGACGAGCAUUUAUGACUUAACACCAAGGAUCAGCUGCAUAAAUGCUGGAUGUAAAUGCUAACAUAUGUAAUUGUCGUGAAAGCUAAAAAGUUUGACCGGGCUGAACGUCAGUUAUGAGCUCUUGUCAGCUGAAUGAAUUUUAUGCCUUGUAUUGAAUUAAUACAUCACUGUAAAUUCUGUAAGGAUUUCACAACAAACUAAUAGGAAUUUAUAUCAGUUUGUUUUGUUAACCAUUCAUUGAUUCUGUAUAAAUUGUUCCAAAUAUUACCACUUUCUUCAGUUUCCUCUUGUUUAUUUUGUGCUUGUAAGUAUUUUCCGUUCGCGUGCUGGGUGAUCAUUUCAUGGUCAAGUUGGGGGAUCCCUUCGGUGCUGGGCAUCAUUUCGGAGUCGAUUUUUGGGAACCUUUCCGGAUUGCAGAUCAUUUUUGGUUCAAUUUGGGGAUCAUUUUGAGGGUGAGGAUCAUUUUGGUGAUCAGCAUCACUUCGUGCCGGUGUACAGUGUACCUCUUAAUCUUCAUACGUAGACCUGUUUUCACACUUUAAACCUCUGAGGUCAACAAUUCAUUUAAAAAUUUUGUUGGAUCUUCAGAAAUAAAAACGUAUCUUACUUUCGGAAAAAAAAUCCCUUAGCAGCUUAAUUUCAGCUGCUAAAUGUAUGCAAUUGGAAAAUAGUUCCUGCGAUUUCUAAGCUGGUGUCUUAAAUCUUACUCCCUUAGUGUUGGAUUUUUGGGAGGCCAUGGGACCUGAUCAAAUACGCCAAUAUAACAAUACCCUGGCCAACAAAGCUGCGUUGAUGCUAGCCGACAAAUGGGGUACUGGCUUAUUAUCGCACGCAGACAUGUUUGGACCAAUGGUGUUAAUUAGGCUCCCUGAGGUCCUUCUGGACUGUGUUACUCGAGGAUACCAAGAUGAGCCACUCAAGGCCCAUGCAGAGAUGGUGCAGGCGAAGCUGCAUUAUGAAUUCAGCAUUGAGGUCCCAGUCAAGUUAAUUCAGGGGAAACUGCACACUAGAAUCUCGGCUCACGUGUACAAUGAGCUGAGUGAUUACGACAAGUUGUGUGAGGCUAUUCUGAUCAUGACCAACGAUGUGUGUAAUAAUCCAGCUGCUUAUGACACGUAUAAGAAUUACAGGUAG